CCGAAUUCUUUUCGGCAACACAACUGCGUCCAAGAUGGAUUCUAUUCACGAGAGUUUUGAGUACCUAGACAACGGCGAAGAUCUUUCCUUUAACAGGAGCCAUAGUAGUAUGGUAAAUGGCUAUUCGGACCACAAGCCUGAUUUUGAUGACGCGAAUGAAAUAAGACAAAACUUGAGAUCCGCAAUGAAAGGAGCUCGACAGCGUAUUGCAAAUCUUCGAUUGGACCUGGAAGAAAAGUGUGUGAGCUGUAAUUAUUAUGCUUGUAAUUGCUUUACGUUUUUAGUGCCAUAUGUAAUAUAAUUCUUGAGCGUUUGUAGUAUUAAGCUGAGUAUCUCGAGUGUAUAAAUUCCUAAGCUCUUGUUUUCAAGGGAUUGUUUGUUUCGAUAUGAUACGUGAACCAGAGAGAAUCUUAGCAAAUAUUGCUCGAUAGCAACCGAGCGCUAAGACGACGCCGAUUAUAAGCUUGCGCUUACUGAUGUCAAUUUAUUGAAUACGUAUCAAAUACGUAAAUCUGUACAAAUGAAUUUAAAUGGCUACUUCCAGUGUUGUCAAAGAAGAGAUCAAAGCCUAAAAACUGGCUGUGUUUGGUGCCGAAUGUGUCAGGUACUACGUACAAGUCUUCAAAUGCCCACAGUCAAGCAAUCACUGAGUACACACCGUGAUAUGAAAAGUAUUUAAGCAUCACUUUUAAGUGAAGUUUUACUUAACUUUUUACAGUACUAUGUACAGGAACUUGAACUGACUUCCAUUUUUAAAUACUUUUUGGUGUUCGUGCUGUUUCUAAAGUUUUACAAACCACCUGCUUUUUAUGUUUUAUUUUGAACAAUAAAACAAACACAAAGAAAUGAUAUUUUUGCUGGUGGUCUAUUUAUUUUUUGUGUAUCGAUAAUUGGCUUUCAGCUGUAAAGAACAAUAUGUUAUUUUUCUUUGAGUAUCACUAUAAUUUUGUUAAAGUGACUAAACUGAAAAUUGAUAUUUCUCAAUAUAUUAAAAAAAUUACUCAUGCAUAAACCAUAAAAAUAUAUUAUGCCGGUUGAAAGCAUGAGUGGGCUUUUCUAAAACUUGUCACUUUAAUCUGAGUAUCUUUUUUGGCAAGAUGGAAAUUACAUUAUUUAAAUAUAAGUACAUUUGCACAUGUGGUUUUGUUUGUUAACCUGGCAGCAUUCAGUUAUUUCCUUUUAUAGUAAUUAUUUCACUUCUGAAUGUAAAUUAUUGUACUGUUACAAUUUUUAUUUGAUUUCCCAACCUAGACAUGAACUUUAUAAAGCUAAUGUUUUAUAUUUGUGAAUUUAAUUAACCACUCUUGAAUCUGCACAGUUGGUCAGCUGAUAUUUGGAGUGCAAAAUGUAAGAAAANUAAAACAAACACAAAGAAAUGAUAUUUUUGCUGGUGGUCUAUUUAUUUUUUGUGUAUCGAUAAUUGGCUUUCAGCUGUAAAGAACAAUAUGUUAUUUUUCUUUGAGUAUCACUAUAAUUUUGUUAAAGUGACUAAACUGAAAAUUGAUAUUUCUCAAUAUAUUAAAAAAAUUACUCAUGCAUAAACCAUAAAAAUAUAUUAUGCCGGUUGAAAGCAUGAGUGGGCUUUUCUAAAACUUGUCACUUUAAUCUGAGUAUCUUUUUUGGCAAGAUGGAAAUUACAUUAUUUAAAUAUAAGUACAUUUGCACAUGUGGUUUUGUUUGUUAACCUGGCAGCAUUCAGUUAUUUCCUUUUAUAGUAAUUAUUUCGCUUCUGAAUGUAAAUUAUUGUACUGUUACAAUUUUUAUUUGAUUUCCCAACCUAGACAUGAACUUUAUAAAGCUAAUGUUUUAUAUUUGUGAAUUUAAUUAACCACUCUUGAAUCUGCACAGUUGGUCAGCUGAUAUUUGGAGUGCAAAAUGUAAGAAAAGAAUGCCCAACCCCCCCCCCACCCCACCCACCUUUCCUUCUCUACUACUACUUCUCAUUUAUACUUCAAUGUUAGAUAUCUCUGCCAGCAGGGAAAGAGAACCACAAAUGUUACAAGUAAGCUUGGCAUAGUGAGAGAAAAAUAGGAGGAAGGAAAUACAUUCCUUAUCUUGCUCCUUUCUGUAAUUUGUUUUUCACCAUAAGAGAUCUCUGUUAGCAGGGAAAAGGAGCAACAAAUGCCACUUAGCUACUGUUUUUUUUAAAUAAUUCUUUCAUGUUGUGAAUUAUCUCCAGAGAUAAACUUCUGAGUGCAGAGAAAUCUUUGAGGCAAAAUCUUGAGGCAGAGUUAGCAGAAAAAACUGAGCAGUUGUACAAGGAAAGAGUGUCAAGUAUGCAUGGAGAUAAUGGAAGAUAUUCACCAAACCCAAUGUUAAGCAGUUUUGGAAGUGAUACCUCAUUCAGAGAAGAACUCUCAGCAGCACAACAUUUAAACCUUCAGGUAAAAUUCCUUGAAUAUUGUUGCUUUUCAUAUGAGAGCUUUCCUUACAGUUUUUAUAUAAUUUUUCCCUUUUUCUUACAUAAUUUCACCAUUCGUGUUAAAAACUGUCACUGUGUGGAACAUGUCCAAGGUGGCUUAAUGCUAAGUCAUGACUGACACCCAGGGUCUGGUUAAGUGCCAGCAACCGGCUGCAAAACUUGCUACUUUAAGGUUUGAGUCGUCCAUUUUAUUCAGAAAAAGCUGGUAAAGCAAGGCAGUGAAAGCCUCAAAUUUCCUAAAGUACUUGAUUGCCAAGCCACCUAUUUUACAUCCUAGUUGUGUACUUUAAUGUAACAACAAUCCAGGACACCAGAAUUAUUUUUGGCACUAGUAACAUUCCAGAAGUAAUUUAUUUGUUGGUUUUUAAUUUAAACGUAGUGCUAUUGAAAAUGAACAGUACAGUAAACUCUCACCUUGUGGACACUCUGCUAUAACAGACACCCUGAUAAUAAGGAUGGCAGUUACAUUCCAGCCAAACAUAAAUACAGGCAUUUGAAUGAAGUAAACUCCCGCUAUUACAGACUCUUGUUAAUGAGGACACUAACUCGAGGUCCUAAUGGUAGUGUUCACAAUAAAGGGAUUUGACUGUACUUGUUAGUUUUAACACAGGCAGCCCAAGCGCACUAUUUGUGGGUGCGGGCUUCAGAGGUCAUUUGGUCGGAAUAUACUAGAAUUAUUAGUGUAUUAUCUGAUGCCAAAUAAAUGCAAAAAGUCUUAAAGAUAUGAAGUCUUCUUGUUUGUCUUUCUGUACUAGUAGCCUUUAAGAUGACGAAAAUCGAUAUUUCUUGCAUUAUUACAUGUGAUUCGGGCCCUUAUUGUUCGAAUUUUAUCACAUGUAUUCGAAUCUACAACGCUAAGAAAAAAAAAUCAUGAUCACGCAAAAUAUUGAUUCAAAAAGCUCCCUUACCUUUAGUUCAUAGCCACUCUGUGUCCUACGGUCAGUUUAAACGCCGUUUAGUCGACUUUCUUUCCAUCGAAUACUGAACACUAUAAAAGAAGGGAAAGCUGGAGACCUUCCAACCGACCCUCGCCGCUCGAGGGCCAAUAAAUUCCAAACAAAGCGACCGAUCUCCCUAAAAUUGCCACCAGCCAGACCGAAGAGUGUAUACCUACCCGUUCGACGAGCGCCAGGUUCUAAAUUCGGCUGCAUGAGCUCAAGGAGCGCUGCAUUUCGCAUUUCGCAUUUCGCACACUAAUAAUUCUAGUAUAUUCCAACCAAGUGACCUCUGAAGCCCGAACCCACAAAUAGUGCGCUUGGGCUGCCUGUGGUUUUAAUUGACAGACUGAAAGCUGUACAAAGCGUUACCCUUUCAAUGUUAUUAUUUGCAGCUAACAGAUAAGCUUACCAAAGCAGAAGCAGAAAUUCAAGCAUCUAAGAUGAGUCGAGAUGACUUGUUAGCUCAAACAGAGUCUCAAAUAGCUGCUCGAGGAGCAGGUAGAAAUUGAUUUUAAUUCUUGUCAAAUCAGUAGAGUUCAGCUCAUGUGUAAUCUAAUUUUUGUAUAUAUUAUUAAUGGUUAGAACUCUUGCACCACUUUGGCACCAUGUCAGGUAAGCUACAUACACAUGUAGUGAUAUCCUUCAGGCAGGCUAGAGUUUUUUUUUCAGUUUUCAUGAAUAACGUGUCAUGGCUAGUACAGUUUGAAAGGAAUCAUGUUCAAGGACAUGUUAAGUGGUCUUGCCAAAGCAACUACAGACUCCUGUUGCUUCAAAACUUCAAGGGAAAUAGAAAAAAGUUCAAGUCAUCUGGAGUUUGAGUUAUCGAGAGUAAAAUUAUAUAGAAAAUUAUCUCAAGGGAAAUGAAAAUUGCUUCAAGUUAGCGGGAGUUCGAGUUACAGAGGGUUAGAGUUACUGGGAGUCGACUGUAUAGCGUUAAAUGGAUGCUAUCUGGUACCUCGCACCAGUUAUCAAAAAGUUGGCUCAAGUAAAAUAGUAUUGCUAACAGCCUCUGACAAAACUACUGUGAUAAUCUAAGUAAAUCGCUUUUAAUUUACACUGAUGGAACACUGAUGUUUAUGUUUUGAUCAAUUUUUUCAGCUCUUGUUGAAAAAAUCUACCAGGCUCAAAAAGAACGUGAUGCAGCAAUGAAUGCAAGACUGAAGAUGGCUUACAGUGAGCGUGAGGAAUUAUUGGAUAAACUAAGAAGAACUGAAAGAGAACAUACAGGGUAUGAAAAUAUGCUUUCAUUUUUCCUUCUUGUUUUGCCAUGUAGGAGGCCCUUGCAAUACUUCUAGGUACCCCAUGCUGAACUUGGAUAAGCUCCUGCCAGCUGUAUUGGCCCUAUAGAGUACCGAAGUGUGACGUCAUAGAAAAUGAAAUUUGUGAAAUUAUGGGAUUUGUUAAGAUAUUCUGAAAGAACAACGUCCAAGACGCCUACUCGCCAAAAAUUAGCAAUUUGGGGCAGAUUGUCUCUGAGAUAUUAGCCCAGUUAUGCUCCGAUGACUCCAUUCAAAUCCUUCUAAAUCUUACCUGGUUCCUAAUCUUAUGAACCGAGCCAAAUUUAGAAGGAUUUGUAUGGAAUCAUUAGACAGCAUCACUGGGCUAAUAUCUCAGAGACAAUUUGCCCCCGAAUUGCUAAUUUUUAGCGAGAAGGCGUCUUGGACGUUGGUCUUUCAGAAUAUUUUAACAAAUCCCAUAAUUUCACAAAUUUCAUUUUUAUGACGUCAUCACUUCGGUACUCUAUUCAACACCGUUACUAAGGGUGUUUUCCUAAAGUCAGAACUGACCAGCUGGAGGGGUCAUAUUUGAAAAUGAAAUGUUAACUUUUUCUUAAAAUCUUCACUUAAACCUACCGCAGCCAACCAUUGAACUGGCUGGAUAGUUGUGAUUAAAAGUGGAAUUCUCUUUCAACUGAACUGGUCUGGUUGGCCAGUUCUACCUAGUGGAGAGAGCCUGAGCCCUAAGAUUUCAGGAGUAAGGUAUAUGCAAUUAGUAGGUGGGGGAUUGAACUGCUAGAAAGUUCUUUUGGUCAUAUUGUCAUGUUCGAUUUUGAUGAGAGUUGCAGAGGGUCACACUUGUAGUAGCCAGGGAAAAUACCCAGCCCACAGGCCUAAGUCAGAGCCCUGCUCAUUGAUCCAAAUCACACCAUUACCUUUUUUUCUAUGCUAACUAGUAUUUUUAAGUUAUUAAGAAGGUCAGCCUAUGCCUCACAUUCACUCAAAAAUUAGUACUAAGUCCACUUUUGUAAAAUGGUCUAUUCGAUCUACAGCAAUGGCUAUUACAAUACUGACACCUAGAUCUGUGGCUUUGUUAAUAUUGUUUUGUUUCAUUCUUGUUAUACAGUUUUGAUUCUGGUGUUGAUAGUGUCUAUGAUGAAGAAGAAUCCGAACCAGUAAGUGUUCUUAACCAUUUAAGCCCUAAGAGUGAUCAACGUCAAAUUUCUCCUUGUAAUAUCAAUGCUUUGUAAAACAGAUUGGUCAUGAGAAUAAAGGACAUGAUCACAUAAUACGAAUUUGCUUGAUAUUUUAUCAACUUCUCCCCACUACCUCUGUAGGAAAUGAAUAGGGGCAACAAAUGAGAAUUCAAAUUUUGAUGUUAGGGUUUAAAGGGUUAAUCUUCCCUUACUUUGUACUAACAAAGAAAGCUUCAAGCUAUAGUUGUACAUUAUUCUGAAUAUUAAAACAUUAAAAUAAAAUUGUAUUUAUAUUUUUUCAACAGACCAUGAGAUCUUUACUUGGUAGAAUAGCCUCUUCUGAAACUCCUGAAUCAAUUGACAAACAUGGUAAUUUAAUGGCUUACAAGAUAAGGACAGUACAGAAAAACAGAAAGAAAAUGGUGACGGAAGAACUUAAAGCUGUUAUCGCUGAAAGAGAUGCGGCUGUGGAAAAGGUCAAUUCUCAGAUUGCUUGAUUUUAACCUUUUAAGUCCCAAUAGUGACCAACAACAAGUUUCUCCUAACAAUAUCCAUACAUUGUCAAGAGAUAAAGUUAUGAGAAUUAAUAAAAUGAUCGUAAUAGAGAAAAUUCCAUGACCUUUUAUCAAAUUCUCUUAACUAAUUCUUAAAGGAGAUGUAUGGAGAUCAGUUUGGAGAAUUUGUACGAGGAUAUCGGGGCUUAAAGGGUUAACAGUCUGUUGAAGGUUCUAAUUAAUAGAGCCAAAGUAUGAGUUUGUUGUACUUCACAAGAAGUUCUAGUUCUUUUGCUUAACUCUCAUUGUGUUGCUGUGAGAUUUAACUGCGCUGAGUUCUGCUUGGGCGGGCUAAACAAAUACUUUGUAUGCUUACACUGUAAGAUCAUGUUCACUGAAGUAAUUCCGUAUCUUUUUUCAUUUUGCAGUCAAAGGCACUGGAAGCAGAGGUCAUCAAUCUCCGGAAAGAAAUUGAAAUAAUGAAAAACCAGCACAAGUUAAUUGAUAGACAAAGGCUUAAGGCCAUUCAGGUAAAGUAUACACUGCCAGAUCACACCAUAUCUUCAGGAAUAUCAAUUUUCAGGAAAAAACAUUCUAUGCAGGCUCACAAAGGGAGCUUUUGGGUUUGACAAGCAUGGAUGUAAAAGAAUUUAAAUUAACAGACUACCGUUGAUGAUUGAGGUAUACACACUUAAUAGAUGAGAGUUGAGAUUCUUUAUCUGAAACGUUUUGUUUAUUGGUGGAAAUAAAGUGGAGGGCUUUGUCAUGUGUUCCUUCCCCAUGUUGGGGAGGAUUGCAUGACAAGCCAAAAGGAUAUUUGAGUGGGAGGCUAUAAAAAAGUUGGCAUAAUUCAGCGUUUCCAGGUAGACCAUAAUGCACCAUUUAUCCCCCAAAAUUUUACACAAUCAUUGUCUUCGAUUUCUCUUGCAACAACUAUAACACCCAGGAGAAUCUGGAAACAUUGGUUAUGAAAAAUUUAGGGGGUCAAANAUUUUGCAGUCAAAGGCACUGGAAGCAGAGGUCAUCAAUCUCCGGAAAGAAAUUGAAAUAAUGAAAAACCAGCACAAGUUAAUUGAUAGACAAAGGCUUAAGGCCAUUCAGGUAAAGUAUACACUGCCAGAUCACACCAUAUCUUCAGGAAUAUCAAUUUUCAGGAAAAAACAUUCUAUGCAGGCUCACAAAGGGAGCUUUUGGGUUUGACAAGCAUGGAUGUAAAAGAAUUUAAAUUAACAGACUACCGUUGAUGAUUGAGGUAUACACACUUAAUAGAUGAGAGUUGAGAUUCUUUAUCUGAAACGUUUUGUUUAUUGGUGGAAAUAAAGUGGAGGGCUUUGUCAUGUGUUCCUUCCCCAUGUUGGGGAGGAUUGCAUGACAAGCCAAAAGGAUAUUUGAGUGGGAGGCUAUAAAAAAGUUGGCAUAAUUCAGCGUUUCCAGGUAGACCAUAAUGCACCAUUUAUCCCCCAAAAUUUUACACAAUCAUUGUCUUCGAUUUCUCUUGCAACAACUAUAACACCCAGGAGAAUCUGGAAACAUUGGUUAUGAAAAAUUUAGGGGGUCAAACAAGGUGCAUUGUGGUCUAUGUAAAAAUGUGAAUUGGAAGUAUGACGUAGCAAGCGACGUAAGGUUUGCAGUUCAAUGCCUGCUGGUGGUAUAGAACUGGGUUGCAGUGACGUUACAGGCAGUAUUUGUCAUUUUCAGACUUCAGUCAGUUUGCAGGGUGUUUCACAGGACUUAAGAUUUGUAAAUCCAUUUUUUACUCUUUGUAACAGAAUCAGUCGGCCCAGGCAAUCCAAGAGAGAGAUUUAGCCUUAAAGAAGAGCAAAAGACUUGAAGAAGAAAUUGAAACUAUCAGAGUUUAUUACAGGUUAGGAACUCCUCACAAAUUUGUUGUGACUUGUAAAACCUUUUGUCAGUGCUGACUGAAAUAAGAACGUUAAAGGCAAACGGCUGCUUGCAAGUUACCUCACUGUUCUAUAUUUUCAAAAACUCUACCAAGUUUUUUCAAGUGAAACGAGAACGAGGUCUCUUCGAUGACUAAAAUUUCUUUGUUACUUUACUUUUUACUACUUUAGUUUCUUUUUUUUUUUAAUCAUGAAUUAUUUUACAGUCUACACGGAUCCCUAACGCAAGAACAAUCUCUUCGCGACCAAUUCAACCAAACCAUGGAUAACUUUGAAAGUCGAUUAAGAGCCCGUGAUGUAGACAUCCAGCAAGCACAGCGGAGUUAUGAUGAAGUGGUUGCGAAACUUAAGUCAGUGUCACAGGAAAGAAACACGCUCGCUAAACAACUGGAGGAGUCUUCUAAAAACAGACAACGGGAGAAAGACAGAGCUGACAAGUAAGUUCAAGACAACUUAGUAGCACGGCAAUGAAGUUGAGCUACAAUCUUAAACAAGAUUGAUGGAACAUUUCGACCCCUCCCCCUUCCCUCCCCCUUUCCCCUUCUCUACCCCUUCCCCCCUCUCCCCUAGGUCAAGGAUAAGAUUAUUGGGCGUUUUGGCCUUUGAGCGGCUUUAUCCUUGAUUUAGGGGAGAUGGGGAGUGUGCUGUAGCAUUUUUGCUGCCCAAAAUUGUAGUGCGCAGUUGUUCUUUGUGUCGUCACGCAACGCAAGGAGCAUGGUUUCUUGAUGAAAAUAAGGUUUGGCUCCGUGUGAGACUACCGUUAAGUUUACAAUCUGAUCGCCCUCAUUCUCUCCUACUUGCCCUUUUUCUUACUCUCAAAUAUUAAGAACGGCGCAAGGAAGAGAACACAUAAAACAAAAUGGCGAGGAAACUGUCCCGUCUUCCCCCUUUUCUCAACCCCCUCUCUUUUCCGUUACUCUGUAAUUUUGCGCACAGGUUGCUUGUACUUCCUAAUUUACAGGCUGAAAUAUUGUUUACGAGGUUAGUCAGUCAUUGAAACCUACCAUGUACAUUUUUUAAUUUCCAUCUAUCCUCCAGCGUUAAGGGUGCCCAUUUUGUCCAACCUCGGUUAUAUUUCUCCCCCAAAAAACUAAAUUUACUCGCGCGUUACUAUAUUUGCUUUUUUAUUUGCUUUAUUUUUGUAGGUUAGAAAGAUUGGUCGGAGUUCUGCGCAAACGCAUUUUAGACUCGGGAGGAACAAGCGUAGCAACUAUCAACUAGAGGGAGGAGUGGGGAUAGGGCGAAGGAGUAAUAUUAGAGAGGUGGGGUGAGGAACGGUGGACCAUUAAUAGGUGUAUCUUAAGUAUCCCAGGAGCUUCGGGAAAAGGUUGCGAUCAAUGGACGCCUGAUUAUUAGAUGAAAGGGGGGUACAACUAGGUUCCCUUGCAAAGAGAUUAGAUUAUUUAUGUCUUCGGAAAGUGCCACCAAAGGGGAAGGAGUGAAUCGUUUGUGUCACUAGGGGGGAGUGGUGAGUCAGUAGUCUCUCUUCUCGGGACAGAGUAUUAGUGUAUAUAUUAUACAUGUGAGAUUAUAGCACGAAAAAUGAGCUUGUAUUUUACUCAUUUGUACUGAGAGAAUGAAUAUGAGACAAAAAAAUAAUCCUUUUGGAUCAGUUGUCUGAAAAAUAACCAAGAAACUAUGUCACUCUGUCAAGAAAUAUUUUAUUUGCGGCUUAAUCAAAGCUGUUUGUGUUUUGUUCAAUUACUGCUCAUUAACCCGUUUUGGUGUCUUAUUUGUUUCAUUUUUUGCCGGAGUAAAGGAGAUAUCAACAAAAGUACAAAAUUUUCUCCAUCUUCAAAUA